AGGCAUGGCGGGAGGAAGGUCAGGUUGUCUCGCUUUUCCUAGGCCGCAGCUGAAAUCUAUCCGCGGCCAUCCUCGCCGUCGCCGUGCGGGGGAACGCGAGCAAAGGUAUUGGUGUCGUCCCUUUGGAGGGAAAAAGGGAACCAGGUCAAUUGAACCCAUGAGGCAGCAACGUUGGGGGGCGGAACAAGCAAAGCGCACUUCCGCCACUCUCGCCAUGGGCACCUAAAGGAAGGGGAAGUCCUCGAGAAAGCGCCUGAGGGAAAAGGACCGGAGCCGCUUCCGCCAUACACGCCCACACACGCGGUCGCGCGCACUUCGAAGCGGAUGUUCCCGUCAUCCCCUUCCGCUUCCUCGGACGGUUGGACUUGGGACCCGUUUUCCGCGAGGAUUCCCGCGCCCCGUCGGUGAGGGAGGCUGUUGGGCUUGUGAGGGGGGCGCGGGUUCUUGGAGGGAGAGCCCGGAGGCUGCUCUUGAGGGGCGCUGGAGGAAGAGCCAGGGAAAGGCGAGUUCCAGGGCUUCUGCGCGGAGGGGGGGGGGCCGGGCAGGUCGCGCUGCACCUGCCUGUGGCAGCGGGGCUGAUCCUGCCUUGGGCUUCGCCACGUUGCAGAACCCUGCCUGCUUUAAAAUGGGGGUGCGGGGUGCCGUGCUGUUUUUGUCGUGGUUCUGUGUUUUUAAAAUAUUGAUUAUCAUUUCGAAUUAAAUGUCGGCAGUCGCCCUUCAUCCAAAGACCACAGGGCGCUUUGCAAUAGGAAAACGCAAAAAUGCUCAGCAAGGUAACAAACGGAAACAAACAAACAAACAAAAAAAACCCCACCCCAAUUUAAAAGGCCACAGAUGGUUUCCAGUGAAGACACCUCCUUGUUGUAUUACAGUGGUACCUCGGGUUACAUACGCUUCAGGUUACAGACUCCCGCUAACCCAGAAAUAGUACCUCAGGUUAAGAACUUUGCUUCAGGAUGAAACAGAAAUCGUGCUCUGGCGGCGCGGCGGCAGCAGAAGGCCUCAUUAGCUAAAGUGGUGCUUCAGGUUAAGAACAGUUUUCAGGUUAAGAACGGACCUCCGGAACGAAUUAAGUACUUAACCCGAGGUACCACUGUAUUGUUAUUAUUUAUUAGAUUUGUAUGUCGCCCUUUGUUCUGAGAUCCCAGGUUCAGUGUGAACAUAAAAUGCAUAACACAGUGGUACCUCAGGUUACAUAUUCUUCAGGUUACAGACUCCACCACCCCAGAAAUAGUACCUCGGGUUAAGAACUUUGCUUCAGGAUGAGAACAGAAAUCAUGCAGUGGCAGCGGGAGGCCCCAUUAGCUAAAGUGGUGCUUCAGGUUAAGAACAGUUUCCGGUUAAGAACAGACCUCCAGAACGAAUUAAGUACUUAACCCGAGGUACCACUGUAAAACAAACCAAUGACACCCCCCCCCCCGCACAUAACCGCAUUUGGAAGACCAUAGAUUGUGAAACAGCCCAAGGCUUGGUUGAAGAGAAAAGUUUGUUCCUGGUGCCUAAAUAUAUUUGGUGAAGGCACCAGGCGAGACAGACACCCUGGGUGGGGAGCAUUCCACAGUCAGCCACAGUCUUUGGUUGCCACCUUCCAGACUUUUCAAAGGAGGGACACAAAGAAUGGUGAUUGCAGAGUCUGGAGUGAUUCACAUGGAGAGAGGCGGUCCUUGAUUUAUUGUGGUCCUGAGCAGGGCUUUAGGAAAAUGGACCAGGGCAGUUUUAUAUUAGGUGGAGUUUCCAUUUUUCAUACUAAUGAAGGUUGGUUUGAGUUUGGCACUCCAAAUGCUGGAAUUCUAGUUUGUUCAGGAAGGGCAGACUUUCUACUUCUCUGAGAUUAUCUUGGACAGAAAUUGGGAAAUUUGCUUGGAGCGUAGCAUUUCAGGCUAUAAAAUUGGCCAGUUCUUAGGUGGGUGGAAAGAGGUAUGCUUUGAAAAAGAAAUGCACACGUUCAAUAGAAUUAAAAGCUUUGCUACCUGGUUCCCAAAAUGGAGUUUCACCUUUUAAAAAUGGACGUUGGUAACGUGGUGGUCAAAGUGUUGGCCCAUAUAUACCUUGCUCAUUACAGCUGGGCUUUAAAGGCAGAAGGAGCAUGGGGGACUCAUGUUGCCUCACUCAAACCACUGGUAGGAAGAAUAAGAAGAUUCUCUGCCUCAAGUCCUUUGACAGGCACAGAGAAAGACCAAGGCAGGAUAGGAGGCAAGUUACUCAUUUGUGCUAUGAUUUGGCAAACGAGAUAAUAGCGCUUCCAAAGCACUGGGAUAAAGUGCUGCUGUUUCUUUAUUCAGAUCCCAACCCAAUUCUUUUCUCAAGCCCAGAUUUAGCAACUGAUUGGACAAUGAUGUUCUCUGAAGACCAGAGCAUGUAGUUACCAUAGAGAUGCCAUCUGAGGCUUUCCUACAGAUGGUGCUAUGUGCUGGCUGUAGCAUAGAUAAUAAUAGGCAGUGACUGUGUAGACUUCCACUGCAGGUAGUUUUAUAUGUUAUGGCCAGAACAGGUGGCCUAUUCUAAAGAGACGCCUUUAUUUUCUUUCUUUAUUAAAUUUCUAGAAAAACACAAAAAGACAUAACAUAGUAACAAACCCAAACAAUUCCCCCAUGGGGUUAUUAGCCCACCCAUGAUGGCAACUAUAACAAAUGCUCUCAUGUUUGUGGAGACUCAGAGUCAAAGUUAGUAGGUGCCUGUUGAUUCCCACCCAGAAUCCUGUUUCAUGUUUUGACAGUCCUCAGUGACCCAGGUCUUAGGGUGUGGCCCCUUUGGAAAAUGGGAAGCUUUUGGGGGGGGGCUGCACCAAAAUAAAAACAACUGGAAUAGUUUUUAAACACCAGUGAUGGAAAAAUAACUACAAUUUCUAGUAAGGUGUAAAAUGUUUUAUGCACCCAUCUUGUGUGGAGUUGAAAAGAAUUCACUACAGCAUCACCUUUUAAGGUACUUAAAAGUUGCCUUAAUAUCAGCCUCCUUAGUUUUGAGCCCUGAGAAAGAUGAUAAAAGUGUGUUUAAAUUUCUUUUUGAAACUGGAAUAUUUUCUAAAUCGUAGAGGUCAAAUAAAAUAAGGUAAAGGUACCCCUGCCCCUACGGGCCAGUCGUGUCCGACUCUAGGGUUGCGUGCUCAUCUCGCUCUAGAGGCCGUGAGCUGGCGCCGUCCGAAGACACUUCCGGGUCACGUGGCCUGCGUGACGAAGCUGCAGCUGGCGAGCCAGCACCAGCGCAGCACACGGAAACGCCGUUUACCUUCCCGCUAUAAGGCGGUACCUAUUUAUCUACUUGCAAUUAAGAGUGCUUUCGAACUGCUAGGUGGGCAGGAGCUGGGACCGAACGAUGGGAGCUCACCCCGCUGCGGGGAUUCAAACCGCCGACCAUACGAUCGGCAAGUCCUAGGCACUGAGGUUUUACCCACAGCGCCACCCGCGUCCCUCUGCUCAAAUAAAAUUCAAAUUAAGUUAUUGAGAUGUGAAGGGAAUUGUGUUUUGGGUUGCGAGUGGAGGGGACAGAAUUCUGCAUCUUUGCCCCUUCACCUAUUUCUGUUAGCAUGGAAACUUCUGUAGCAACAGUCCUCUGUUUUUCCCUUUCCUUCAGGAGCCGCUGCUGCUUUUUGCCUUUGGAUCAUGCUGCUGCUUACCCUGUUGUUGUUCUUGCUUUUGGGCCUAGCAUCUCCUGUGGAGGUGAAGCGCCCACGGGGCGUCUCCUUAACAAGUGAGUUCCCAGCAGAUAAAAUGCCAAGCAUUGUUCCACCAUCAAGCAACUCCUUCUGUUGAUGUGGAGAAUGGAAACAAGAUGUCUGUAUUAUAAAUUUGUGCAUCCACUUUCAUUUCUUAGCAAAACCCUGCAUUUGGUAUAUUCACUGUUUGUUUUUUCCUGGUUGAAAAAUGGAGGAAUGAGGGAAGACUCCAAGGGCUACCAUUGCUUCCUGCUCUUAGUUCUACACUUCAUUUGGUGCUAGAGCCCUGACAUUUGCAACUAUGCACACAUUCACACAGUUACUUCCUGUAGAGAAGGGUUGUCUUCUUCAUGACUUGCUGUUCCUUUCUGGUAAAAUUGUUAAACUUGGAAGCAUUUCCUAAUUCUUUGAGGAGUCUCAAUUCUUUUGAAAGUCAGUGGCAGUGGCCCCAGUGCCUUGGUCUUGAGGUUUGUAAUCACAUUCUCGUUCUUCAGAUUCCACUGUUCUCCCCCCCCCUCCCCACUGGAACUGUUUUGCAUAAAAUGCUGAGGCUUUCAUUACACGAAACUUUAAAGUGUAUUAAGCCUCCCUUGUGCUCUUUCUUCCUCAUGUGGUGGAAAAGAGACUGUACAUCUGAAUGUGUAGCUUUUCUGGACUAGUUUAACUAUGAGGUGAAUUCAUCUUAUUAGCAGGUGCCCUGAUUGAAGGGCAAAGUAGGUAGCACUACACUACUGGUUGCAUUUUCUAGGAGAUGGAUUGCCAGAAUGUGUCAAAUCAUUGAGUGGCUUUGGGGAGAAGAUGGUGUUUUAGUGUCGGUUUGUGAAAGGUCAGUCAUGUUUCCUGAAUAGCUCCUGAGCCUCAAAUGAUUGCAGAUCUUCCUAGCACUAAAUACAGCCUCCUUUGAGUGGAACAGUGGCAAGGUUGAAGAAGAAACUACUGUUCACAGCUAAAUAUUAUUUCAGUGGCUUUGAAUAAACAGUUCCUUGGGGCUCUCUAAAAAGCAAACUCAUCCUAUUUUGGUGCACAGCUGUCCUUCCCCUUCCGUUUCCUGUUGCAGUUUCCCUCAGUUCAAAUGUCAAUCUUCCCCUCUCCAGCACAUCACUAUGGUUAUCCAUGGGUGAUUUAGAGAGAGCGAGUGUGUUUAAGGAUUUGGUAUUGUAUACGUGACUGGGGAUGUUGGAAGACUAUUCCAUGAUAUUGCUAUUGGUGUUUUGUUUUUGUCCCAUCACCCCAAAUUUGUGUUGUUUGGCUUGUGCCUUGAAUGCCUUUCUGGAUUGGUGUAUUUGCAUUCUGCAAUUUUUGUUCUCGGAACCAAGUGUCUCUUGCUGUCCUUCUCAGGCCAUCACUUCUAUGAUGAAUCGAAGCCAUUUACUUGUCUAGAUGGCUCAGCAACAAUAGCCUUUGAUAGAGUCAAUGAUGAUUACUGUGACUGCAGAGAUGGAUCAGAUGAGCCAGGUAAGCCCCACUCACACACCUUGCCUCCACCAAUGAAACAUGCUGCUUAUUGCUGCUGUAAUUAGAUACUUGCUAAUAUUGUACUUCAUGGGGUUUCCUAUUCCCUGAAUGUGUGAAAAUGUACAAGGCAUGAAAUGCACAAAGUUGCAAAAGCAGAAUAUGGUUUGCCUGGAUGGAAAGCAAACAUAUUAGCUGAAGAGAGAGACAGCACAAGUCAUAGCUGGGUGGGAGGUUUUAGAUCAGACAUCAGGACAGAUUAGAUCACGGGUGUCAAACACAAGGCGCGCGGGCCGAAUCCGGCCCGCCAGACCUCAUCAUGUGGCCCGUGUAGCCGCCGCCGGCCGCCAGCCUUCACCUUUUAUUCUCGCUAAUAAAGUCUACCAUCCUAAUCGAAGCCUAGGACAGUUGUGUUGGCAGCUGAAGCUGCAAAAAGAGAGACCAAAACAAAACAAAACCCUAUUAGAUUCGGAAGGAGCCGCAGGAGCUCCUGGCUAUGUGGGGAGCGCCGCUCUUCCCCUCCCCGCAGCAUCCCGGCCAAAAGACACACGCAGCCCGGCCUGCCCGCUUCCCCCUGCGAGGCAGCACGCUGUGGGCAGGGAUGGGGGGCUGGAAGGCGGGCGGUGGAGAAAGCGAAGGCGCUCCCUUCUCGCGCCAGUACUCGGCCGGCCUGAGAGAAAAUUUCUGAGGCGGCGGCCUUCGUCCAGGGUCAGGGGGCCAUGGCGGGACUUUGCCCUCCCGGCGGCCUGGAGCAUCUGGAGCUGGGGCGGCUGCAGGACCCGCCGGGCGGCAGAGUCAUCGUCGGCACUUCUUCUCCUUCUCCUCCUUCGUCUUGCUCGCCGUCGCUCUCGUCUUGCUCGAGGCAGGCCUGGAGCCGGGACAACCCGGGCUUCGAGCCCGAGGAGGAGGCGGGCGAAGCGGCCAGGGCGGCUGGAGGGAGCGCGGCGGCGGGGCCCGUGCUGCAGAUGGGCAUGGUGGAGUGGGGCCGAGGAGGGGCGCCUUCGCCCUCGGAGCCCGACGCCCGGGAGGGCCCGCCGAUAGCAGGAGGCAGCGGAGGCGCAGGUGGCGCGGCGAAAAGGAGGGAGGUGGAGGGGAAGGCGAAGGCCAGCGGCCUUGCUCCGCCGGAGGCGCCCCGACGCCGCGUUUCCCUCAUGAGGAGACGGGCGAGGAGGUCGCCGAGCAGCCGCCGCCGCCUUGCCUGGGCCAAAGGGAUGGCGCAUUGCCUGCGAGGUGAGUCGCCACCCGGCCGGGCCCUUCCGUCGCCCUUCCCGGCUCGCAUCUCUCCUGUUUCACCUUAUUACUUUUAUGUUACUCACGAGUCUUCUGCUCUGAAGACAGAUGCAAAUAAUCCGUUCAGCUCCUCUGCAAUCUCCUUUCCCACCUUUAGCACACCUUUGAUUCCCUUGUUGGCCAAAGGCUCUACCACAGACAUGUCCAAAGUCCGUUUCGGGGGCCUAAUCCUCAAAAAACCCCUCAACAACUUCAACCCUAAAAAAAAAAAAAGGCUCAACAAUUUCAAUCCUAAAAAAAGAGCAACAACUUUGGUUGGCCCUCACGGCCCUUCACUUCAUCAAAUCUGGUCCUCAAAAUUUUGGGCACCACUGGAUUAGAUGUUCCUCACACAACAGAGGGGCAAGCACAUGCCCAUGGGAGCUCUGGAAUCUGCAUCUGGACUUUGGAGGGGUUGUUGUUCUUUUGCCUUACAGCAAUACCACUUGUAGAAUCACAGAAUAGGAGAGUUGGAAGGGACCACAAGGGUCAUCUACUCCAACCCCCAGCAAUGCAGGAAUCAUUUGCCCAGUGUGGGACUUUAGCCCAUGGCCCUAUGAUUAGGAGUUUCACGCUCUACUAACUGAGUUAUCAGCAAUGCCUAGAUGAUAGGCAGGUCCUGGUCCAGCUGAGGUGCAAAGUUGCUAGUGGUGCAUGAGACAGAGCUGGAUCUAUAUUGUCAUCCUGCUUGCAACUUUGGCAAGAAUCUGCAUUGAAAAUUGGGAGCAGGGGAGAUGAAAUUGAUAUAUUAAAUUGGUGCAGAAAACUUGGAUGUUCAACAUUAGUCAAGAGUGAAAAUGAUAUGUCCUAAUGCCACUUUGAGUAAGGCUUUUUAGACCAGAAGUUAUGUCUGAAUAUGUUACAUAGGUUUGCUGCAUUUUUUUUUAGAAUUAAUGGGAGAAGCUGAAGCAUGAGGAAGAUUGGAUGUGAAUAGUAUGUUUGUGUGUGACUGAAAGUGACCUUUGGAUUAUCUUUCUCUUGUUGCAAGAUCCUACAUCCAACUCUUCAUAAUGGUAAAACAAGACAAAGUGGUCAUAGUGACUAACUUCAUAGCAUGGGCAAAUGCAGCAUGGCCAGUUUAUCCCUAAAUCACAGAAUUUGCGGGAGGGAAGGGUAACAUUGGUUCUUGUAGAUAGCUGUAAGCAUCCGAUUUGUUAAGGAAUUCACUAGUACCUUAUCUCUCUGCCCAGGAACUGCUGCAUGCCCUAGUGGCCGUUUCCACUGCUCCAACGCUGGCUACCGACCUCAGUACAUCCCCUCCUCCCGUGUCAAUGAUGGAAUUUGUGGUAAGCUUUGCUAGCUCAUGUGGGUGGGAGACUUCAGGCUGCGGGCAGCCAAGCCCAAGUGAGUGAAUGUUGAUGGCUCUCCUUGUUGUUUGCCUUUAGACUGCUGUGAUGCAACAGAUGAGUACAACAGCGGCAUUGUGUGUGAAAACACCUGCAAGUAAGGCAUGGCCUAUAUACUUUCAGGAAGCUUUUCCUCUCCUUGGGACUGCUGAUUCAAAGGCAGCUCCAGACUGGGUUUGGGCUAGUUUGGGAAAGGAAAGAGGAUAAAUGUACACUUGAUCCCAGGCAGCAGCAGCUCCCAAAAUAAUUUUGCACAACCUCUGGGAAACUUGGAUCCUCCCCAUCUUCAAAAAAAUAAAUCCACUUAACAGUUCUGUUGUUUAAUUACAGGGCACUACAAUAAUAAAUCUCAGGAUUAAAAACAGAACACCAACUCAGUCUUAAUCAAUUGGAGACAUUUUAAAAGGCAAAUUUUCUUGAUAGUUCGCUGUAUUAUCUUGCAUAAUAGAACGUCUCAGCUUUUGGGCGGCUACAGCAAAUUGCUGUGCUGUAGGUUGUAGGUGUUUGGUUUUUUAAGUAUGUUCCUGGCCUGUCUGUGCCAUAUUUGGGUCCAGCUCACAACAGAACAUUUCAAACAUGAUUGCCAGAAAAAUAUGCAGCUGCAAAAUAAUGAUGCCAGCUAAAACCAAACUCCAAAAAAUAAAACAAAUAAAACAAAUGCAUGGAAGCACGAGAAACAUAAUCUUCUUGUGCAAUGCAAGUUUUCACUCUUAAAGACAGAGAGGGAGGUAACAAUUCUUCAUUCCCCUGAUAACUUCUUUUCACGUGUUUGUCAUUGGUGCUGGCUAAGCAUAAUGCGGUCCUACAUUCUGUAUUGUAUUAUAUUAUAUUGAUCUUGAUGUUUGUAAAUAUCAUGAAAGAAAAAAAGGGGCAGUAGCUGUAUAGGUUUGCAGGGGUAGAGAUUCUAAAAUACUUUGAUGCAGUAUUGUCCAAUGAUUAUUUUAAUGCUAUUUUUAGUUUAUUUUGAUUUAUUAGUUAUUUUAGGGUUUUUUCAUAACCUUUUACUCUAAGCUGCCCUGAAAAUGUAUUUGAAGACUAUUAUUAUUAUUAAACUGUAAUAAAUUCACAAAAUAAAUCGGGCAGAGUAGUCAUAUUUGUCAGGCUACCCAUAGCUCUUGUCCUGUUGUCACAUAAUUCUGCAAACUUUUAUGAAUAUGGAGUUAUUCAGAAUAAGAGGACUUGCACUGUGUGUCUUAAUGUGAGCACUGCCUCUGGCUGCGCAGCCCAAGGUUGGUCAUCAUUGACAUUGCCUGGGUUGUAGCUUGCUGCUGGGCUGUCAUUUCCUGCCAUAUACUCUAUGCCUGAAAAAAGCUUGCUCCCCACCCCUUCUAGAAUAGGGUCUCUCUUGCUGCACUGGUUAGUGCUGUGGGUGGAAGGUGUCUUUGGGGCUCAGCUCCAGCUGUCUCUUUCCUUUCCCUGUGCAGAGAAAUGGGCCGAAAGGAGCGGGAGGCACUAAAGCAGAUGGCUGAAGUGGCCAGAGAAGGCUUCGAAAUCAAGCAGGCCCUGAUGAAGGAAGCAAGUAAGAGGAAGGAAGAAAAACAGGUGAGGAUGCUGGCCUAGGAAGUGGAAACACUGUGCUGACAAUACAGGGGAAGAGUGCCCAUUGCCACCAGUGCUCAUGAGCCUGGGCAUCGUUCCUCUCACAGGAGCAUUUUGGAGUCACUUGAAGAAGCCAAGCUAUGGCUCUUUUCAGGUAGGCAUUAGAAGUGACCUCUAGUGGGUGGGGAGCCAAGUUAUAGAGAUUCUGUACACACCUUGGGCUUGGACUGUUGAGAGGACCUCUUCUCUCUCCUCCCCACCCCCCAAACACUUCUAGAUAAAGCUCACUGAGCUACAGGAGAGCAAGAAGUCUGUGGAGGAGCAAGUGGAGACUCUGAGGUCGCUAAAAGAAGCUGCUGAGAAACCUGAAAAAGAAGCCAAGGAUAUCCAUCAGAAAGCCUGGGAGGGUGAGUGCACGUCUACCAUGCGAGGGGAUUUCAUGGCACUGAAAGCCUCUGUGUCAGCCAACAGCCUCGUUUUUAAAGCAGGAGAACUUGUGGUCCUCCAGAUGUUAAAAUACAGCUUCCAGAAUCCCUGAUCAUUGGCCAUGCUGCCUUAAGAUGGAUGGGAGUUGGGAGUCCCAUAGCAAACAGGUGGCCACAGAUUUCCCAGCCCUGCCUUAAUAGGAGGUUAGAGAAUUUUAUGAUGGAUGGGUUUACCCUCAUGUCCUAGAAUGGCUUCCUGGAAGUUUCUGCCUUGCCACUGAUGAGGAGAUGGGAUGCUAGAGUUGCAGCCGGAGGUGCCUUUGUCUGCGCUGCUCACAUUCUUAGUUCCAAGCCCAGCUCUUGCAGGGGCUUGGGGUGUUUGCCACGUCAAUAGUUCAGCAUGAUAAAAGCAAUACAAUGAAAUGCUUGGGUGAAAUACUUAGUGCAGCAUCCAGAAAUGGAUUGAAAUUAUCCUGCACCUGCUUAACGCCGGCCGUUAAAAACAGACCAAUAUGAAGCUGUUGCAACACUUCUGGAAGAUGUUUGGCAGGGCUUCAGGAAGAGGGAGCCACACAGUUCUUGGGUAGUCAUCAAGCCACUUAAAUUGUUCUUCAUCUUUGUACGUUGCCAUGUGUUGAGAAUGAAUUUGAAAUGAAAAAUAAGCAGAAUAAAUGUUGGGCAUGACUCUCUGUUCCCUUUUUCUGUUAGGGCAUGGAUGGGAUGUGUUUUCUUGGUGGUUCUCAAAGACUGCAUUUAUCAGGCAAAUAAGUCUGCAGGGUUUUAGAUUUUAAUACAUGUGUGUCUACCUUAUUGUUUCAUUGGAAUAUGUGCUUUAGGGACAGGAUUUGAGGUGCACAGAAAUCCUAAAGCUGUUCUCCUAGUUGUAGAGAGAAGGUGACUUUAGAAGUUAUGCAGGGAAGUUACUUUGGUUUUUUUGAAUGAAUGAAUGAGUUGAACUUGUUAUUUGCCCACUUUGCAACAGAACAGAAAGCGGCCGAAAGAGCGGUGAGGGAUCAAGCCAAAGCAGAAGAAGCCUUUCACGAGCUGGAUGAUGAUGGAGAUGGCAUGUGAGUGAGAUGAUUCCCCCUUUCAGUAGCUUGUUCGCAGACUCUGUCAUCUGUGGUCAAAGGCAUGUGGCAGGACAGAUGUUGAUCCAGCUGCUGAUCCCUUUGUGUCCUGACGUCAAAUUCUAGCGCUUAACUAUUCCUGGAUUUAUUUGGAGCAGAGGAGCACUUAUUGUUACCAUCUCAAGGGCCAUGUUGGCUCAGGAGGCAUUAAUUGUCUGUAAGACGUUUCAAACUGAUGAGAGGGCACAAACCCAAUCCCAUUGCUCUGAUACAAGAUACCCUGUAACUUAAAAGCAUCCCUAAGUGAUACUUUAAGUCUUCAAGAAAUAAUGAGGGCUAAAAACUUGCUCUUUUCCGUAAAAUGAAAGCUAGGAACCUUGGAGUACACAUGCCACAGGGACUGCUAUAUCAGUCUUUGUGUAUGCGGAGUUGUGAAAGGCAUGGUUAGUACCCUAAUUGCCCUCCUGUGCCUUCAGGAUAUCUGUUGCUGAGCUCCAGACGCACCCUGAACUAGAUGCAGAUGGUGAUGGGAUCCUUUCAGAAUCGGAAGCCCAGGUAUGGUGGGAAAUGUGCACUUGUAGAGGGGGGCUUUUCUUCUCAUGCAAGUGAAAACAGCUGUUCAUGGUUAUCCUUCAUUCUUUCUGUUAGGCCUUCUGCUUUCAUGCACUUCCUGUGCUUUGCAGUUCUCUUCCCUCUCCCACCAAAAGCUAGGUUAAGAUGAGACCACUUGACACUUGGAGUAGGGCUGGAGUCUGGAAGUAGACAAAGUUGUAGAUCAAACCAGAGUGUCCAAAUACUGCCCAGCUGUGAACCUCCCCCCACCCGCCAUAUUGUUUAGAAGUCACUUGCUGGGCUUGGGGGUAUAUUGGGGUGGGGGAAGGUGUCAGUACGCAUUCUACUGAAGACACUCUGCUUUAUUUUACUGUUUUCCAGCCAUUCCCAAUAUGUCCUAUGUGUGCUCAAUAGCUCACUUCCUUUGUCAGAUUUUUCUUGGAUCUUUUCUUAGCAGUACAGUCAUACCUCGGGUUACAGACGCUUCACGUUGCGUUUUUUCAGGUUACGGACCCACCAAAACCCGGAAGUACUGGAACGGGUUACUUCUGGGUUUUGUUGGGCGUUCAUGCGCAGAAGUGCUACAUUGCGCUUUGCACAUGCGUAGAAAUGCGAAAUCGCAACCCGCCUGUGCGCAGAUGCGCCACUGUGGGUUGUGAACGCUGUGGGUUGCGAACGUGCAUCCCACACGGAUCACGUUUGCAACCCGAGCAUCCACUGUACUGCCCCAAGACCUUCGGCUAUAGGGCAGUAUAUAAAUUCAAUAAAUAAUAAUAAUAAUACUUGAACCUUUAGUGCAGUAGUGUCUAUCCAAAAUCUUACUUUUUAACUUAUGUUUUUCUCUUCUUGUACACUGUAAUAAUAAUAUACCAUAUUUUUCGCUCUAUAACACGCACCCGACCAUAACACACAUGUAGUUUUUAGAGGAGGAAAAUCCGUUGGCAUGCCACCCGUAGGCAUUCCCUCCAUAACACGCACAGACAUUUCCCCUUACUUUCUAGGAGGAAAAAAGUGAGUGUUAUGGUGCAAAAAAUACGGUAAUAAUAAUAAUUUAUUAUUUAUACCCUGCCCAUCUGGCUGGGCUUCCCCAACCACUCUGGGCGGCUUCCAAAAAAAUAUUAAAAUACUAUAAUACAUCAAGCAUUAAAAACUUCCCUAAACAGGGCUGUAAAGACUGUAAAGCACAGUCUUCAUUUUCCUGCCACCUUUUCAGCCCCAGUGAUGAGAGGUGCACACUUUUAAGCGAAAGCUAGAAACCUUUGUAAAAAGAGUCAUCCCAUAAGUGCUUUAGAAGCUCCAUAUUGCCUACCUGCUGACCUGAAAACUCAGGCGCUUUUCAGUGCAAUGCUACAAGGGGUCUUCUGGGCUGGGGGAGGGAUGACUAAGUCUGCUAGAGAAGAAGGGAGUUUCCUAGUUAUGGAGCAACCAGUUAUGUAGCAAUCACUAAGCUCUUGCCCCUUUCCGAUAUAUCUGUCACUUUUCCUCAGCCCUGCCAGACCAGUUUUCACAUAUCUCAACCUUUUGGAAUAUUUAUAAUACUUGCAAAAUGAUAAAAGUAACCACAAAUCCAUGUGUAUUUAUCCCACUUGCCGAAUUAGAGGUCUGAAGUUGUAGAAUCCUGUCUUCCCAGAUUCGGAAGUUUACAUGUAGGUUUCAAACAGUUUCAAAUUUAAAGUGCAUCAAGAAUAACAAAUCUAAGGAAUGUACCGUAUUUUUCGCCCCAUAGGACGCACUUUUUCCCCUCCGAAAAUGAAGGGGAAAUGUGUGUGCGUCCUAUGGGGCGAAUGCAAGCUCGCUGAGCCUGGAGAGCGAGAGGCAUCGGUGCGCACCGACCCCUCUCGCUCUCCAGGCUUCAGGAAGCUAUCCGCAAGCCUUGCAAGCCCGGCGGGAGUUCCCGCGGGCUCACAAGGCUUGCGGGCAGCAGCCUGCAGCCCCGGCAAGUGUCCGCAAGCCUUGCGCGCCCAGCAGGAGGUCCUGCCGAGCACGCGAGGCUUGGGGCGGCAGCCUGUCGCCUGAAGCAUGGGGAGCCCUCCGGAGGGCUCCCCGUGCUUCGGGCGAGUGUCCGCAAGCCUUGCGCGCCCGGCAGGAGGUCCCGCCGAGCGCGCGAGGCUUGGGGCGGCAGCCUGUCGUCCGAAGCAUGCGGAGCCCUCCGGAGGUCUCCCCGUGCUUCGAGCGAGUGUCUGCAAGCCUUGCACGCCCGGCGGGAUGUCCCGCUGGGCGCGCGAGGCUUGGGGCGGCAGCCUGCAGCCCGAAGCACGCGGAGCCCUCCGGAGGGUGCCCCGUGCUUCGGGCAGGUGUGCGCAAGGCUUGGGGCGGCAGCCGCGGUGGGGGCAUAAAUUUUUUUUAUUCAUUUCCCCCCCCAAAAAACAAGGUGCGUCCUGUGGGCCGGUGUGCCCUAUAGGACAAAAGAUACGGUAUGUUUAAGGAAAUUAGCCCAUGGGAGAAAAUCUUUCUAUUUCAACUUCAGUCUUUUUUCCCUUUUUUUACUAGUGUGUGAUUUACCAUAUUUUUCACCCUAUAGGACGCACUUUUUCCCCUCCAAAAAUGAAGGGGAAAUGUGUGUGCGUCCUAUGGGGCGAAUGCAGGCUUUCGCUGAAGCCUGGAGAGCGAGAGGCGUCGGUGCGCACCGACCCCUCUUGCUCUCCAGGCUUCAGGAAGCUAUCCGCAAGCCUGCAGCGCCCGGGGGAACUCCCCGCGGCGCGCAAGACUUGCGGGUGGCAGCCUGCAGCGCGGAGCAUGGGGUGCCCUCUAGAGGACGCCCCGUGCUUCGCGCAGGUGUCCGCAAGCCUGCAGCGCCCGGGGGAACUCCCCCCGGGCGCGCAAGGCUUGCGGGCGGCAGCCUGUUCUGGGGGCUGGGGUCGGGGGAAGCUCGGGCUUCCCCAGCCCCGUGGUGGUGGGGGGAAUAAUUUUUUUUAUUCUCCCCCCCCCCAAAUGAGGUGCGUCCUAUGGGCCAGUGCGCCCUAUAGGGCGAAAAAUACGGUAUUUAUUUACGCCUAAGGUGUCCACAAGGUGGCAGUAACACUGAACCUGCUCUACUUUCAGAGUGUGUUUUUAGGCUCUUUUUGCUGGCUGCUGAAACUGAUUUUACAUCAUUUCUUCAUCCCAAGGGAACCCAUCAAGGCUAUGGAAGAGACUGUGGAAAUCCUCCCAAUCUGUCUUCUUGGUUCUGUAGAGUUGCAUGGUUGAGAGCAUCACAAAUGAGGUUCUUCCCCCAAAAAUGAUUGGCAGAGAAAAGGGUACCUCUUCACACAAUUCAUAGUUAGCCUAGGGAAUUCACUGUUUCAUUGGUUUAGAUCAGGAGUGGGCAGAUCUCUGGCUUGCAGAAUCUGUUUUGUUGUCAUUUUUACCAAAAUCCCGUAAGCCACCAGCUGAAGCCAAACGCAAAAGACAUACAGUUAAACAAAUUUCUGGUCUCAGAAUUUUUGUUCUUUCAUACUAAAGUUGAAUGGUGCAUACAGUCUUUCCAUACUCACUUUUGGUUAUUCUAAGCUUUCUUCAUUUCCGCAGCAUUAUUUAGGGCAGAGGGGUGGGGUGUAUGUGUGUGUCAUUUUGUUGCUGGGAGUCAGAAAUCCUUGCCCAUCUACUGCAAAUCACCCAGCAAUCUACCAGUACUGUAGAUGCAAACGCAGCUUCUGCCCACCCCUUGUUUAAGGGGUGUUACUUGCUGAAAGAGCAGGGUCUGUCUUGUUUUUUUUAAUGUUUCUUAUAAAAAAUGAUCUUGCACAGUCUGGCUCGCUUGAAAGAAAUGCUACUCUCUUGUCUUUCCAAAAUCUGUAACCAUUGUGGGGAGGAGGAGGAUGACUACUUGACUGAUACAGUGCAUUGCUACUUAAUUUGAACUAUGGGUUAGCCCUGGGACAUAUGCAGCUGUGUAUAAAUACAGUUUUCCUGUUCUUUCAGACUUUACUGGACAAUUCCUUGCAGGCGGAUGUGGCCAGAUUCCAGGACACUGUGUGGGCAGCGAUCAAGGAGAAGUACAGACCAGAGGUCAGUGUGCCAGCCUUGUCUUUCUCUAUCACAGAUCCAAAUAGUUUGAAUGACGUUUUCUGGGGAACUGAUAUCUGAAACAGUUUUGUUCCAUGCUUGGCUUGAUGUCAUUACUAUACUCUUAAUUUUUUACAUCACUUUUUGGUCUAGUCAAUAUGUUCUGAAAACUUUCUGUGGUGGUUUCACAUUUAUUACGUAUUCAAUUUAUAUCCCACCCAUCCUUCCUGAAGGAGCCUAGGUUACACAGUAUAAAUUAUGUAGUGUUGAUAUAUUAUAUGCUGCUUUGAAUUCCUAGUUGGUUAGAAAGGCAGGAUAUAAAUGGUAAGCAUAAGUAGACUGGAGCAUUUGGCAGAACUGUUUGGACUGCAGAAUUAGAAGCAUCUUGGCAGGCAUUAAUCAUGGCUCCAUCUGCAGCUACUGGAGAAGUGGGUCUUUCAUGGAAAGGCAGGCCACUUUGGCUCUGGGAGUUCCUGAGUGACAUCCAUGGUAUCCAUUCUCCCUUGCUCCUCGAGAAUUUCAAACACAGUUGCUAACUAAGGGCAGCCAUCAGUUACAAGAUGGGCUAAACUCAACUUUCCCCUCUCCAGAGCUUGGUUGAUGUACAGCCCCCACCAAAAGGCCCAUCAGAUGAAGAGCCAGAUACUCAGCCCGAUGCCCACGUGGACCAGUUACCUCCUGAUGACGAUUAUGACGAGGAGGAGGAUGAAGAUGAAGAACCUGAGGAAGACAGCAUUGAUGAGGAGGUGAAGGUACUAAACUGAGUUUCUGGAGUCUACAACUGAAAUAUACAGGGAUAUUCUUCUCCCCCGCCCCUCUCCUAACUUAAAUUUUACAUUCAAGAACCCACACACCAUAGGAAAAUAUAUGUGCUUUUAUUUUAGCACACUUUAUUCUGAAUACAAUAUUUGCAUGUAUGUUUGACUAGAGAGGAGCUGGUCAUGGAGCAAGGUGUUGAAGGAGUGGCGUUGAGUAAAGAAUUUUGCCCCAAAGCCUAUAGAACAGUGUUCAAAACUCCCAUUGUUCUAGGCGCAUUUUGAGACAGGGAAUUUCAUUAGCGUGAGCAGUUUCGGAGCUCUGGGUGUAGUACUGCUAAGAUUUCAGAUUAAAACCGCAGUGUGGAAGGAAAGGAGGACCUUUUUCUGCUUCCAGCUGCUCUCUGAAGAUUGGAGAAGAGACCCUCUUAAGAAUAUUAGGGGGGUGGGUAAGGGAAAAGACUAGACCAUGUGGAAAAUGAACAUAAUAUUUUAGCUGCAGUUCCUUCAUUUUCAGUUUUGCAUUCUUGUUAUAAGAAAAGCAUGCCUAGACAUUCCGUUGUUGUGCCCUUAACCUAGGUUCAAGGUGCUGUUUAGCUCCUAGCUUUCAUAUCUCAGUUUCUAACACUACUAUAGAGGGUGGGUGGAAAAGUAGCCAUGCUGGUAGCAGUGACUCAUCCCCUCCAGAGCUUUUUGCUGAUCUUGGGAUAGGGUGGAAUAUUAAAGCCUGACAAAUUGCUAUGCCUGGUGUAAUGAGAAGAAUGGCAAGUUGCUAGUACUACAGUUUCACACAUAGAAUUUUUGUUGCUGUUGCUUAACAUUAGGAAGUACAUGAGAAUUCAAUGCGGGUUCUCUGUUUGUCUCGCUCCCUCUGAGCCCCUCUUAUCCUCCAAAGCAGGGAUGGGGAGCCUUCCUCAGCCUGAGGGCUGCAUUCCCUUCUGGGCACAUUUCAGUCACACAAAAUCAUUCAGGGUGUGAAGCAUGGCCAGUCCCCGCUUGUCAGUUUCUCCCAGUCUCCCCUUUCCCCUCUUGCUUAUGGUCUAUGCAGGCUGGUUUUUGAACUGGAAGUGACAAUGGCCACCUGCUGCCUCAAUGUCUCCACAGGUCCCUUCCCCCAAGCCAUCGUCUGAUGUCAAGGCAUCAGAAGAUGAACUGGAGAGGAUGCCCCCUUAUGAUGAAGCCACACAAGCUCUAAUUGAAGGUAAGCUAUUCUUUAGAAAGCAUCCUUUCAAAUGCAAGAAACACCAUGACUGUCUUUAGUACAUGCAGGCCUGCCCGUGAACUUGCUGUGCAGAAAACAGCUAUUUUCCAAAGGGGGUCAAGUCCAAGUGGAGUCAACCAGCAGUGGUACAAAAGAAAGUUACUGCUUUCUUUCUGUUCAAAUAAAUGCCAUAAAGAGGCUUAUGAACUUCAAGCAAGAUGGAUGUUCUACCAGGUCAGAAAAACAAAAGCCAUUUGCUCUGAGAGGAGGUGAGCUGCAGCUUUUAACACAUGGCUGAAAAUUUUGAGCUGUCUCAUUUUGAGAAAGUUCUGAAAAAAAUCAGAGCUGUUCAAUAUUUCUUGCAAGGAAGGUAUUUGAUCCAGUUGACCUUGUCCAACGUGAGGUUCCAUGAACACUUGAUGCUGCUAACUGGUCAUGUCUUGAUUGCUUAGAGCUUUCUUCUCACACAGUAGUCAAUGAGGCAAGCGGGAGUUUACAGGUAUCUGCUCGCUUUAACAAGUAUCUGAACAUGAGAAGGAGAGGUGUGAAGUCAAGAUGGGGCAAAUCAAGCUGCUCUUAGAACGUGAGAGCCCUGCUGGAUCAGUCUAGUAUCCUGUUGCUGCAGUUGCCAACCAGAUGCCCAUGGGAAAACCUGAGCACAAGAGCAACUCUCCCCACUUACAAUACCAAGCAUCUGGUAUUCAGAAGAAUACUCUCCCCAACAGUGGAAGCGGCGCAUAGCCAUCAUGGCUUUUAGUCACUGAUAGCCUUAUUUCUCUCCAUUGGAGGUGAGAUGAGUGGUUUAAUCCUGUCAUGGAACCAUCUAGUGCCUCGUGGGUGAGAAAUGGGCAUCAUACAAACUUUCUGCAUGGCACCAAAGAAAGAGAGAGGGACAGAGCCAGAUGUGUACAUGUAGUUAUGUCUUUCACUAGCUGUAUUCAAGAAUUUCCAUAGCUCACCCUUUUGGUUACUCUCCAUGCUGUAUAUUCAGUGUGUAUUGAUUUUUCUAAAAAAAUAUUUCUGUAUUUGAACGUUGGAGUAGAAUCUUUUUAAAUUGUUGCAUUGCCUGACCAUUUUUGCUCUGUUGGGAAAAGUUGAGUCACGUCUAUGGAAAGGGCAAAGACACUUUAGCAUCACCUUGAGUCUAAAUAUAGCACGAGGCAGCGGGGGAGGAGGAUGUUUGUGUUUAGUGUUCCAGUAAGUUCCUUCCGGAUAGAUGUCAUAAUGGAACCACCUUUGUUUAGCUGUCAUGUAGCCACACCUCCACUUUCUCCUCCUGAAUUCAUGUGGCUUGCCAAGCCUUUGGUACCCCAGUGAGGUGAUCUAACUUCUUCAGCAGGGGUGGGGUGACCUCAGGCCCUCCAAGCCCUUUUUAUCUGGCUCUUAGGAAUCUCUGCAGGCCGCUCCUCCCAAGGCUACUCUUCUCGGCCUAAACAGAACGUGACCCUGUACUGCUCAGAAUACCUCUUACCUGCUUGGAUGGAGGGAUGCAGAUGUAGUAACCACAAACACUUGUGUGGCUGGACUAUAGCCUACUGUACAGAGCAAAGAGUUAUAUGUACUGCUCCACCCACCACUGGCAUGUGCCCCCCCCCCAAAUAAUAAUCUAUGAGGUUGUUCAGGCGGGCAUGUGAUCCUCUGGCUGAAAAAGGUUCACCAACCUGCAGUUCAGCAUCAUAUUUUACUUUAAUGUGACGCUCUCUUUUCCAAGUGACCCAGGUGUGCUUGGUCUUUUGGUAGAUUGAGUUUACCCAAAGGUAUGCAGUGACACUUUUUUCAAUAAGCCUGGGAAGGCGGAGCUUUUUCUUUCUUUUUUACUGUUGCUGGGGCUUAAAGGAGCAGCAGACCAAGUUGACCUAGGGUGCUUGAGAGGUUCUUCCAAGUCCACCCAGUUUCCAAGCAGGAUCUGUCGAUGCUGUAGAACGGAGCUUGUCAAAAUGUACCAGACGUAGUCAAAAGCUGUUUUAUAGCUGUAAUAAAAUGAACUGGGCAGCCAAAGGCAUGUCUGCACUUUGUGUUCUGGGAACGUGCGCCAUCCGAAUAGAUCACCGCCAUUAGCAUUGCUAAGCAGGCACCAUUUCUCAGAUAUCUAAUGUCCACGAAGCAAAAGGCAAUCAAUAGGCUGGACUUGCUGUUUGAAGUGGCUCGCGUGGGCUAAAGGGGGAAUAGCUCUGUUUGUGGUUUUCUCCUUGCAGCAGUGGAAAGCCAUCAAAACGCACAAUAUGGACAUGUUUGCCUAACUUCUGAUUUGCCUUUUCUUCCCUUUGCAUUAGUUAUAGGUACUGAAACGAGUUAAUUCUGCUUUUCAGUAAUUCCAACUAGUUGGGGAGUGGACAGUGACAUAUACUUGAGACGUAUGGAUAGUUUUCAGUUGACAGCCACUAGGUGGUGGUGGUGGUGGUGCAUCCCAGAUUCCCAUUAUUUUGUAUAAAUUCUUCCAGAGAGGCGUGCUAAAUUUGUUGUUGUUGUUUUGUUGUUGUUUUUGUUAAUUCUAAUUAAAUUUGUAUAGCGCCCUUCAUUUGAAGAUCACAGGGCAGUUCACAACAAAACUACAAAAUGAGAACACAUUUACUCCUUAUCCUCCCAACCCUUGUAAGGAGCUACUGAGGGUUGAAAGUCUGGGGCAACUUUUACAGAUAUAUGGGCAUAGGUAAAGGUAAAGGGACCCCUGACCGUUAGGUCCAGUCGCGGCCGACUCUGGGGUUGCGACGCUCAUUUCACUUUAUUGGCCGAGGGAGCCGGCGUACAGCUUCCGGGUCAUGUGGCCAGCAUGACUAAGCCGCUUCUGGCGAACCAGAGCAGCGCAUGGAAACGCCGUUUACCUUCCCGCCGGAGCGGUACCUAUUUAUCUACUUAGAUUUUGACGUGCUCCCUCGGCCAAUAAAGUGAGAUGAGCGCCGCAACCCCAGAGUCAGCCACGACUGAACCUAAUGGUCAGGGGUCCCUUUACCUUAUAUAAUAUAAUAUAAUAUAAUAUAAUAUAAUAUAAUAUAAUAUAAUAUAAUAUUUAUAAUAUAAUAUAGAAAAGUCCUGGGCAGCAAGGUCACUACAAAUUCUUGUGCUCCAUAGCUUCAUUCCUCUCUGCAGAGGGCAGAGAUGAGUGGCAUCUCCUGCACUGCUCUUAAGCUGUUUCCCAGAAGGAUAGAAAUUGGCCAGUGGUUAGCUCGUGGUCUGCAGUAAGAAGGAAAUGGCCCUUUUAGGUAGCUAUUAAUAGACUGAAUUUGAGCCACAGAGCCAUCAUUUCUUGUGUUCUCCCCUUCCUUUGGACAGGGCCCAGUGUUGAAGUCAGUUGCUUUUUCGCCAUUUCUUGCUGCGGCUGUUGAAUUUCCAGAGCAUCUCCCAUUUCAUAUAUGUGAAAGGCUUCUCUGUGCUGGUUCCUUGCAAGCCAACUAAACUCCCUGGGCAAAGAGCAAAUGUGCUUGCAAGGGGAAAGCAAUGCAGUGCAGCUGGUGGAAAUUUGGACCUCACUGGUGCAGUUCAGAUCUCCAAGUCCUGCUCUCAGUCUGGGUUCUCCUAUAAAAUGGAAUGAAUACUAGCCAACUUGGUAUUAAUUUGAUACCAAGCAAUCAAUGUUAGCACUUACCUGGCCUAUUUCCAGUCACCCACGAUAAGAAGUAUAGACAAACAGACAAAUAUAGAAGUAGUAUUUUUUCUUUACAGUCACUCGUGUAUUUGAUAGAAGUAACAUCAACUCAUAAGUCAACACCCGGCUCGGGCAUCACAUAACUACCAGUAGUUAGCAUGCCAGAGCUUUGUUCGUUAUCAGAAUUAAUCAGACAAAUUGCUCCACCAACUAAGAGCAGCCAUGCGCCACCACCCCCAAAAUCGAGAAAGAGCUAUCGAUCUGUCAAUUUUUUCUGUGUCUGGGCCAGGCGAGCUUUCCCAUGUGGUGAAUGGCCAUUCUUAGUUGGUUAGAGGGAUUUGUCUGGUUAAUUCAGAUAACAAACGAGACUUUGGCAUGCUAACUAGUUAUGCAACCCCCAAGCUGGGUGUUGACUUACGAAUUGAUGCUACUUCUAUCAAAUAUAUGAGUUAUUGUAAAGAAAAAGACUACUUCUAUAUUUGUCUGCUUGUCUGUACUCCUUAUUGUGGGUGACUGGUAAUUGGCCAGGUAAGUGCUAACGUUGAUUGCUUGGUAUCAAAUUAAUACCAAGAUGGCUAGUAUUCAUUGGUGAUAUAUUUUUCUGUGCCUUUGCAUUGUGCCAUUCUAUCACCAUCCUCUGCAUUGUCUGUUCAAUUUCUAGUCAUGGCACAGUUAACUGGGCACUCUAAUCUGCGUUCAUACUUACUCAAUAGCAGCUCAAUAAAGCAUAACUAGUGAUAAAAGGCCUUAAACUCAAGAUUGUAGCUGAAAUGCAUCUUAAUUGGUGUACAGUGCUUCAUGUAAGCCAUAUUAUCUUCACACGGAAGAUAAUAUUAUUCAGAAGAAAAGAAAAUAACCCUGAAACAGUGCAACAUGGCAAUAUAGAAAACAUGAUAGAUUGCAAAUUGUAUAAGAAUAGCAUUAACAAUCAGAGUUCUUCUUACCCUCUUUCUGAUUUUCCCCAAACCAUCUAGUUGUGAAACAAAAUUUCUGAUCUCCCAUAGCAUGUUGGCAUUCUGAUAUAAAGGUCAUAGUUAGUCAUCCAAGGCUAUGGGCCAGGAUCCUGUGGCCUUCAGCUGAGCACAUGAGGUAGAGUUGGAUAGAUAGUGAGCAGAGACAGAGAGAAUGAUUCCUUGAACACCUUUUAUAUUGAUCAGUAGCUGGGUCAGGAGUAUAGGUCAGUUACAUGACAUACUUAGGUGAACCAAUGUAAGAGAGAAAUCGUGGAUUACCAUGUGGGGGAAAGUUUUAAAAGGCAAAUGGCAUCCUAUUUGUGCUGAUAGUAUGACCUCGUAUUUCAUCUUACUGUCAUGCAAGAUGCCAGGGACUUGCACAUUUGCCACUGAGAAUCAGCUGAACAGCUCCCAGCAGCUUGCGCGUGAGUGGCCCAGAGUUGAAUCUUUCCACUCUCUUCAUCCACUUUUGUCCAUCAUGGCUGCUGCAAGUUUGCUGAAGCUUGCUGUAGUGGCUUGUUAUAGGCCUUGUAGGGUCCUGAUUUACACCUUGCAGAAUUGCUACGGGGUUGUAAAGGUAAAGGACCCCAGUUGCAAACAACUCUGGGGUUGCGGCGCUCAUCUCGCUUUACAGGCCGAGGGAGCCGGCGUUUGUCUGCUCCGCAGACAGUUUUUCCCGGUCAUGUGGUCAGCAUGACUGAGCCGCUUCUGGUGCAAUGGAACACCGAAACCAGAGCAGUGCACGGAAACGUCGUUUACCUUCCCGCUGAAGCGGUAUCUAUCUAUCUGCUUGCACUUCUGGCGUGCUUUCGAACUGCUAGGUUGGCAGGAGCUGGGACCGAGCAAUGGGAGCUCACCCCCGUCGUGGGGAUUCAAACCGCUAACUUUCUGAUCGGCAAACCCAAGAGGCUCAGUGGCUUAGACCACAGCGCCACCUGUGUCCCUAUGGGGUUGGACUGGUUUGAUUAGCAGGGCUGGUUUAAUUAAGAAGUGAACUCUGCAGAAAAGUUGGUGGGAGUUACGUUUUUCAUUCAGUUUUGCAGCCAGGCUUACUUUCCUGUAUGUCUUCCAGCUGCCCAGAAGGCCCGAGAGCAGUUUGAAGAGGUAGAGAAGUCCCUGAAAGAAAUGGAGGAGUCUAUCAGGUAUGGCUUUGGGCUGGCAGCCACAGUCUCUCAAGGGUGAGGUGGGCUUUCCUCUGGAGGAGGGGCAGAACAGAAUCCAUGUCACUUGCAAGGGUAAGUAAAGCCCUUAAAUCAGAGUUAGGGGGACCGAGUCUUGCUGGCAGACCUUACUGGUGAGCCAAGCUUGACAGGUUGGGAAGGCCUCUCACCUUUCAGGCACAAUGGCAUUGGGUGAUAUUUUUGCCCCCCUCCCCGUUUGAAAUCAAGCCAUGUGUGCAAAGGCAUAACCUGGGUGGAGCACGGACUUUGCUAUACAUAUCACUUUGUAAGGACUGUUGGACACCCCCCCUUUUUUUUUUAGUUCAGCUUUGUCCUUACCUGCCUCAUGCCUGAUGUCAUAUAUGUGAUGUCAGGCGUCGGGUAUGGGGACAUGGCUUGGCCAAAACAGCCUGGCAUGCCAAAUGGGGAGGAUUGAUGGGCCUAAUUAGCUGUGAAGGCUGGAGGUUCCCUCACCCCUGCCUUGGAUGAAUUCUCCUUGAGGCCUGCAAUAUUUCUUUCUGCUUGACACUGACCCUUCCCCGUUGGCUUCCAGCAAUGGCAAUUUGUACCCCCUAGCCAGCUGUUUGUGUGAUUUCCCCAGACACCUAAUGGUUUGGAUAGGUAGUACACUUGGCUUCAGUAGGCAAAGUCUUGGGGGGGGGGGUGAUGACAGGGAGGUCCUUUCUCCUGGACAUAGCUGUCAACGUUUCCCUUUUUUAAGGGAAAUUCCCUUAUUCCGAAUCGGAUUCCUUGCAAGAAAAGGGAAACAUUAACAGCUAUGCUCCUGGACCAUUUUUAUUGUCAUGGAUCUAAUCUAUAUGGCUUUUCCUCCUCCCUCUCUAUCCCCUCCACCUCGCUACCCACCCUCUAAAGAAGAAUGUGCCAUUCUCCCCACCCCACCCCCAUUUAGUUAGGGGAGCUCAGCAAGCUGGUGUUUGAGGACCCAUGUGCUAAAAGCAAGGUGUGUGUGUGUGUCCAUGGGAAUUCUGUUGAGAACCACAAGGGUGAUUUUUAAAGAGUUAAAAGGGCUGGUUUUUUAAAAACCCUAUCCUUUGCCUGGUCUUUCUUGCUGCUUCUUACUUUGUUGAUGCAUCCUCAGCUAGGAUGUUAGGAGAGGUUACUGUUCGUUAUUUUACUGUGAAGAUAAGAGCGCUUUGUACAGUUUCGCUCUAGGGGUUUGGGCACUGCUUUGAUGCCACUUGCCAUUCAAAUCGCAUCUCCCCCCACCUUUCCCCGGUCCCAGGUGGGGGAGGGGAGAAGGAUAGAAGCCAAAAAUAAAUUUCAAGCUGUCUCCUAUUGAUUGCAUACAUAAUUAUUGCCGUAAUCACGCCACUUCUGAGUUCUUAGGCUGGGAGGGCUGAUGCAGGGAGCAGAUGGGAGACCUCGGCAUGCUUAGCUUGGCUGACCUUGGCGACAGACACUUCAUUUAGCUAUUGGGGGAGGAUAUAUUUUGCUGGUUUCUGCCGCCUUCUCAGUGGAAGGGGAUGUACAGUGGCAGAGGCACUAAACGGACCCUGUGGCUUGGUGAUUUCUGGCCGCAUCUUCAGAGUCUCUUCACAUACCCAUUGUGGCAUGGUGGUAUUUUUUGACGUCCUCUAUCACUUUGCAUUGACUCCCAGUCUGAUAAGUAAGUAUUAUCAGCUGUUCCUUCCUUUCCCCACUUCAUCUUCAGCAUGGCUAUAGUCACUUGCAAGUGGUUAGAAUGGAUGCAGGUUUUGCUGUGAUACAGCACAUUGCUCAAGUCAGCCAGCCAGUUCUUUCCGGCCAAAGGUUUUUGCACAAUUUCCAUGCUCUGUCCCCGAGACCAUUUACUCUUUUGCUCCUGACAAAUCUCCCACUAGCUUGCUUGGAAGUGCGGCAGGAGCUUCUCUGUCCGAGAGGAGUGUGCUAAAAUAAAUCUUAUUCCGCAAACUAGCUAUGAAGGGCUUGUUUGAAUGAACCUCUUGUUACAUCUGUUACUCUUCCUUAUAAAUACGUUGUUUUGUUUUUUUAAGGAAGCAGAAUAAAUUAUGCAGAUUAAAUCUAUGAAAAUGUAAUUUAUUCCGGCCAUAGUAUUGCAGCUUCCUGUGCAUUGACUUUAACAUCUUCUUAAGUGGAGAGUCUAUAGAUUUAUUCCCCCCCCCCCCCAUCAAGGGCAGUCCCUGCAAGGGCAGGCUGUGAGCUGCCCAUGGGGGCGCCCUAGUCUGACCAAGACCUCUGAACAGGCUCAGGGACAAUGCAGUAGCUUCUCAUUUAUUUAUUUGCACAAAUUUAUAUGCCGUUUAAUCAUAGAAGAAUAUGAAAGCAGUAUGCAUCAAGGAAUACAGUACAUCAAAUACUUAAAAUAUAGGCAUCAGCGAGUAAUGAACUGCUAAGAUAUAUCUGGGAAAGCCUGAUAUUUAGUGUGUUACUGUUGCUGCUUUCCCAAUAUCAAUAGUCAAUCUCAAUAUUCCUUGAUGGGUAGGUCUAAGAUAGUGGUGGAGAACCUGGUCCAGAUGUGGGAUUCCCAACUCCCAUGGCUCUAGCCAGAGUUAGGGAUGAUGGGAGUUGUAGUCCAGAAACAUCUGGCGGAUGCCCCGGUUCCUCACCCCUGACCAGCAGAGACUUUAUGCCUCUGGAGCAACUUUCGGUCCAGAACUUCGAAAGGCAUAGAGGUUGCAAGCCUUGACAGCAGGCUCUGAUUUCUGGAGAGAGUGUGCAGGCAGAGCGAUUAAGCUGCUUCUGUCGUGAGCUGGAGUCCUUAGAAAGUAUACAAUUAUGGCCACUCAGACCUAGGGUUUUCCCCUGAGUUUGUAUGUGUGUGCCAUGCCUGCAGCACUUCAGCCGGCAGGAAGGGGCUUGCAUGACCAACAGUUUAUCCGAGCGACCUCCCCCAAGCCCCUGUCUCCGCAGAUAGGCAGCAAGCAUGUCAAGGAGCUGUAGGCUAGAGCCCUCCUUUCCGAUGUUCUAGUUUCCUCUGCUCAGGAAAGGGUGUGUUUUGCGGGGGCAGGGGGAGUUGCGUGGAGGAACAUUUAGUCAUACGAGCCACCCCCCCCCCCAGCCAUCUGAAGUGAUACAGCCAAAACACAUGUUUAUCCCCCCAGGGAGAACUAGGCCUAAAACAGCAGGUGCAAAACAAGAGCUUUAAUUGAAGUCCCUCUUCAGAAUUAGCUCCACAUGGGGCAUUUCCCACCCAGCCAUAACUCCGCUGCGCUUGCAGUGCAAACCGCCCCUCCCCACCCCAGGGAGAUCUCUGGCUUGUCCCAUUAGGAAGGCUUUUAAGGGGGUAGGGGUUGGAGAAAAUGUGUCAGCUAAGUAAGCAGCUAAUGGAAGUCUGGAGUCACAGCUGAGACCUGUUUUGUUGGUGUCAUCUUUCCAAGCUCUUUUUUUUAAGUAAUGAAAGGCAUCUUUCCCUUCUAAAGGAAGGAGGAUGUUUCAUGGUCUCUUUUAUUUAGGGCUACUACCUGCCCUCCCUUCAAAGUUUCAGCAUGGCCGAACGUACUUGCUCGCCCCUAUCCUUAGAGUCUCAGAGCCGUGAGUCGCUGCUACCCCACUUUUCCCAGGUUGCUGGUGGGGGGCUGUUGCAGACAGAGAAGUGGCUUAAGGCUCCGAGGCAAAGUCUGGGUUAGGACCCAAGUGCCCACCUUGGCAUGUCCUGCCACAACAGACCGAGGGAGGAGAGGACAGGAGUUUUUCCUUCUUCCUAAAAGCUAUGUUGAUCAGACCAGGGCAAAGUGGUUAAAGGCUAAGGCAGUUGCUUUAUUAAACAAAGAGCUUUGCAUCUCUCUGUGCGCAUGGGGGAGAGAGAGACCCGUAAUUAGGAGUAGCCUUGGUGACAGGGCGGUAACCAUGGGAUCCAGCCUCCCCAACCAGUCCCUUUGCUGCUCCGUGGGGUCCCCUGGGAGGACAGGCAGAUAAGGGCAAGGAACAAAGACAGCCACUUAACAAAGAGCUUGGGCAGAGGCCAUUGACCCCUGACACAGGCUGGACUUGCCUUCCACCAGCGGGAGAGGGCGGAGGAGACCGAUGCCAGGAGAACACUUGACUCCUGGUGGUCAGUGAAGCAAAAGGGACCUGCUGCCACACUGGCCGUCCUCUCUCAGCUCCCCAGCGUUGGCAGCUUGGGGGGAGCUGUAACUCAAGAGUGGGUAACACGGCCCUCUGCCUCUUCGCUGCAGAAUCUGGAAAGCUCUUGCCCACCAGGGGAGGCCAUGCUUCACUUAGAUGGACCGUUGAGCUGGCUCAGCAAUAUGGCGGCGUCAGUUCCUCUUGUUUUAAAAAAUUCAUUUUUUCAUUUAAAAAAAAAAGAAGACAAUUUGUGAGAAGCAUGAAACGUUUUGCCAUCUUUGUCUCACGCCAGUCUCCUGCUGGCCUUUCUGGGAUAAUGUGUGUCCUGAGAUGAGGUUUCACCUCCACAGAACGCAUGUAUCCCGCAAAACCUUUCCUUGAUUGCAACAGCUUCUUACUCUUUGUCCUUAUCAACUGCACGGCCUCCCACCCCUGGAAAUACCCCUUAAAGUUAUGAGCCUGCUGUCUAGAGAAAGUCACCUAAAGGCUGCCAGGAGGUCUGCCUGCUUGUUUUAAAUUUCUAUCCAUGCUUCUUGUCGCUUAGGCACAACUCGGAACAGCCUUCAGAAUUUUCAAAUCACAAUAUCCCAUGUGAUAAAAUGUCCAGUUAAAAAUACAAUAAACAUUUCCUUCUCUUCUAGUUUUGGAGCCAAAAGCCCCAUUUUCCCUCAUGCCUUCUCCAUAUUUUGCUGUAUAUGUUAAAUAGUGGGAAUUUCAAAGUAUGAAGACAGAUUUAGUGGUCAGAAAUUCUCAGCCUUUUUUUGACUGGAUUACUUUUGCCUUCUGAGCAAAGCAUCCCUCCUGUAUUUCUGUUAAAAUUGGCCCAGGAAUAUUCCAGUAACCCCCUAGCCCCAUUAACCUUUAUUCCGUCAAAUGUCCUGUUAGCCUGUGUGUAGUUUUUUUCUUUUAACAAUGUCGCCUUCUUCCUUUCCUCCCCCAGGAGCCUGGAGAAAGAGAUCUCCUUUGAUUUUGGACCUCAUGGUGAAUUUUCUUACCUCUACGGCCAGUGCUAUGAACUCACCACUAAUGAGUAGGUGCCUGUGUCCCUUGCUUGACUAUUUGUUUCCUCUGGGGAGUGGCUCUCUUCUCUCUGCCCAGCCCUAUGACAUCUGGAGUGCUCUCUUUGAACUGUAUGUCUUACAAGCCGUCACUCCAGAGGUGCCAAAAAGUAGGUGGGUGGCCUGCCCACCCGCCAGGGUUAGCCUGUAGAGCGGCAGGAGAUGGAGAUCUGGCCAAAAGGUUCUUUGCUCCUGUUCUUGACUGUAAGAUGAGCAUUAUUAAUGAAAAGGAAGCUGGUUUUUACUCCCCAAAACUGUAGCUUGGUAGUAUGGCAAAUUCCUCUAUAACAAGGUGGCUAGCUUUUCGCAAGCUUGCUGGGGCAGCUCAGGGUGAGAAGAAAGGCACCCCCUUCAAAACUGAAGAUGGAAGGCUCCAAAAUUGGAGCCAGGGACUCAAAAUUUAGGCAGAUAAGACUCCAUCAGAAGUCAUUUUUUACUAUUCCUUGGGGAAGUGAGGUUCUACACUCAGUCAGAAGAGAAGAGGUGCUGUUCUUUGAUCUAGAUAUACAGUUGUAGCUUGGAAGUCAAACGGAAUCCAUUCAGGAAGUCUGUUCAACUUCCAAAAUUUUCUAAAACCAAACCUGAUUUUCCUGAUUUUCCUGUGUAGUGGCACCGUCACCCACCCUAUACCUGGUGGCAUAUGGUUUAGUGGGAAAGGGCCAUGUGGUUCAAAUUAGGACACCUGGGGGGCCUAAUUUGAUUUGGUUGGCAAGUUGGAGGUUCCCCAUUCGUUCUUUACUUGAUAGACCAAUAAGUCUUAUAUUCUGGAUGCUCAGUAUUUUUCCUUGUAAGCAGAUCAUGUUUAAAAGGUUGCACACAGUUGUAUUCUGCGUGUUUCAAUGGGAAGCUCAUCUCGUACAUUCUUAAAUCUCUGGUGUUGAUAGCAAAAUAAUCUUGGAAGCAAGGGACAGAUCAGGAGCCUAGUCUUCUUCCUGCCAUGCUUUCCCAUUCCAUCUAACCCCAAUGGCCCUGGGUGCCAUCGUUUUAGGAGCCAGGGCUAAUGGUCUAAUUAUCGGCACUUCAAAGCACAUGGCUGAGGGAUCUCAUGGAUUUCUUUUAUGCUCUUUUCCUCUUCAGAUAUAUUUAUCGCCUCUGUCCCUUCAGCAGAGUGUCUCAGAAACCCAAACAUGGCGGCUCGGAGACCAGCCUUGGGUAAGAGUAUGGGUAGGCAAACUAAGGCCUGGGAGCCGGAGCAGGCCCAAUCGCCUUCUAAAUCCGGCGAAUGGGCAGUCUGGGAAUCAGCGUGUUUUUACAUGACUAGAAUGUGUCCUUUUAUUUAAAAUGCGUCUCUGGAUUAUUUGUGGGGCAUAGGAAUUCAUUCAUCCCCCCCACCAAUAGAUAGAUAGAUAGAUAGAUAUUCUGGCUCCCUCACAAGGUCUGAUGGACAGUGGACCAGCCCCCUGCAGAAAAAGUUUGAUGACCUCUGGGUAAGAGACUCCAGUGCUCCAGGAUUCAACAUGUUUCACAACAGUUUGAGGUCACUAGCCUCCCAAGCUAAACAGGGAGAUGUCACAGUGUUUUAGUGACUAAGCAGAGGCUGAGCUACAGAUCAGGAAGUGCAUAGUUUGAACUUUGGCUUUGCUCUUCAACAUGCUAGGAGGCCUUAUGCCAGUCAGACUCUCAGCCUUAGGACACCUCGUAACAAUCCUUAUCUUGGGGGUGAUGAUACUGACCUACCUUACAGGGCUGUAAGGAUUAGGAUUACAACCAUGGUGAUGUACAUCAGGCACUUUGGAUAAUCUAAAACACACACCUCUUUGUCCUGGCUUUUGACACUUGAAGUGCAUAUUUUUAGGACCCACCUUAUUUCUGUAACUGUAAGUUGUUUUUAUGUUCUAACCUGCCCUGAGACCUUAGGGUGCAGGGCAGGUAAUAUAUAAGGAAUAAAAUAAUAAUAACCACUACUAUCAGUGUGAAUAAUAAAGCCCUGCCCCUUAGCAUUGAGUAGGUAAGAAUACCUACUCAAUUAGAAACGGGGAAGAAAACUUCAUGUGUGUGGUGUGCUGUUUUAAAAACACCUUGCUGCCUAUUUUAACUUCCUGAAAAUGGUCAAGUGCGCUGAUAGGACCUCACUUGGUGGCUAGAUCCUUGCCCCCGAGACCAGCCAACCCUGGAGCAGAUUCAUCCUGUGUAGAAGUGGCUCCAUCUGGUUCUAAAUGUUCCCUAAGGUUAUGAUUAGCAGGGGCUACUUUGGGUGCUCUGAGUUGUUGCUUCCCUUCCAGCACGUGGGGCUCCUGGAGCGGUCCAGAGGAUAACAAAUUUGGUGUCAUGAAGUACGAACACGGGACAGGCUGCUGGCAAGGCCCCAACCGAUCCACCACAGUAAGUGAUUCACGUAGUCCUGAGAGACCAGCAAGCUUGGUCGGGUGACUAGCAAGAUACAGCUGCCUUUUCAAGGCCCAGCAGCAGCGAAGUGGCCUGUCACCCAGCUGACAGUAUGCCUCCCUAUCUGCAGGCUGCGUGAAGCUGUUUGGUUUCCAGCACACCCAAGUUCUGGCUCAAAUGGAACGAAAAACCCCAAACCUUUAUUUUCUACUCCCAAGCGUGCCCAUUAAUGUGGACUCCCUGAUCCCAGUUAGUGAAGGAAACCUAGUUGAGAGUGGGAAGAGGGCAGUUCAACAGAAAAGGUGCACUUUUUAAGAAGUAAGUAGGAAGCAGAGUUGGCUACCUGUUGGAACAUCCGAAAGUUUGGGGCUGGGCUGCCAGUUUUAGCAGACCAGCCUGAGGGGAUGGGGCAGUGACCGUGGUUAAGUCAUUCAUUCAUUCCUUGCCUCUGUGAUGUCCUUGGAUUUCCCUCCGUAUCUUUUAAAAUAAAUUUUAUUAGAGUUUAUAAAUACAAAACUUAAUCUUAAAUACCUUUUUUGUUCAACGUUAAGUAAUAUAAAAACAUGGCGAAAAAGAAAAAGUAGGAUAGUGAGAUAAGAAAAAAGAUAGGAAAAGCUUUCAAGAGAAAAUAGAAAAGAUACAGUUCAGAAAUUAAAUAACUUCUGAUUCUUUAUCUGUCUGCUGUAUAUAAACAAUCACUUCAUCUACUCCAACAUAAUAUUAGGAUUUCUCUUGGGAAGAUUUGAUGGAUGAGGGAUUUUUGUGCGAGUUCAGGAUCAGGCUGGUCUGCCUUGCUUGGAUCAGAGUAGGAAUUCUCCCAUCCCACAUUGAACAGGCCCAGUGAUUUGUCUCACCUGGCAGAAACUUAAAACCUGGCAGAACAGUGUCAGUGGUUGGCUGACACUGUUGCUAGUACGUUGUAAAGCUGGUGUGGGGAACCUUUGCCCUCCAGGUGUUGCUGAACUACAACUCAUCCAUGUCUGAAAGCAUGGUCAAUAGCCAGGGAUGAUGGGAGUUGUAGUUCAGCAGCUUCCCCAAGGAGUGACCAAAGAGGUUCCCCAUGCCUGUUGCAAAGAAAUGACAGUGGGUAAGGGAGGGUUUAUGCCACAGGCAGUGGUAAGAGCGAUGGGCUCCUGCACAACAGCUGCAGUACUAAGCCACAGACUCCAUAGUGGGUAGCCAAUGUCCUGUUUUCUCUCCUACCAAGGUGAAACUUACAUGUGGCAAGGAGACAGUGGUCACAUCAACGACAGAGCCCAGCCGCUGUGAGUACUUGAUGGAGUUUAUCACCCCAGCAGCCUGCCAGGAGCCAAAAGACCUCGGUCACGAUGAACUCUGAGGCUGGCAGGUGAGUUCCUUUGUCAAGUCUCAAGAUGACACAGUAGCCAUGGGCGCUGGCAAAUGGGGAAGCAAAGCCAUGUUCUAAGUUGUACAGACAAAAACUUUUAGUUUGGCAGCAGUUACACAUUGGAACCCCCUGCCUGUUGACACCGGGCAGGUGUCCUGUAAUCCCUUACUUCUGCUUUUAAUAAUUACCAAAAUGUUUUUAAUUGUGCUUGCUGUUUUCAUUGAUAAUUUUAGUAUUUCUUGUAAACUACUUAGGUUUUUUAAUACAAUCAAGUGGUGUAUAAAUUUUGUGUACGUAAAGAAAGUAAAUAAAGCCCCACCGGGAAAGGGGAGCAGAGUUUUUUGAGAAGGUUCCUCCACCCUUUGCACCACUUGGCAACUACCCAAGAUCAGGCCAUUUGGGAAGUCGCUUGCCUCUCUUGCCCCCUUCUGCUUAAUCAGAACUUCUUUUUUUAAUGUAUUGAAGGAAGACCAGUGUCUCUGUCAGUUCUGUUCCCUUGGCUGAUUUGUCCUGUCUGCGAUUUCCCCCCUGCAGAUUUGCAAAAGAGCUGUUGUCAGUGGGACCAGGUUCUAAUCGACAUGAUUCAAAGAAGCACUGCAAAUUUACCGUAUUUUUCGGACCAUAGGACGCACUUUUUCCCCUCCAAAAAUGAAGGGGAAAUGUGUGUGCGUCCUAUGGAGCGAAUGCAGACUCCUCGGCUUCAGCGAUAGCAAUGCAGGCCUCCGAGCCUGCGCUCCGGAGGCUUCGCGUUGCUUCCGCUGAAGCCAGGAGACUCUGCUCUUUGAGGCUGGUGGGGGGGGAAAGCAGCGCUUCCCCCAUCGCCAGCCCCAGAGGAUGGGGGGCAGCGGGAAGGCGCGCGACGCCUUGCCGCUACACUCCAACCCGGCCGAGGCUGGCGGUGGGCUUUUCUGAGUUGCCUUCUCAUCCCCCCUGGGGCUCCCCCACAUGGACCCCCGACAUCCUUUCUCCACUGUUCGCGCUGCUCUUCCUCAGUGGACUCUGGAGCUUUUGAAUAAUUAUGUUUACCCUGUGAAACACUGGGGAUUGAGUGUGCCCCCCCUUUUUUCCUUCCAGGGCACCAUCUGCCCAGAUCAUGCACAACACACAGGACUGCUCAGCUGCUUGGGCCAUUUUCUUGCUGGGGAAAAGGCUUCCUCCGCCUCUUAACGGUUGCUUCUUUGUGGAGGAAGAGCCCUUACUUUUCAGCCAUGCAGAGACUUCAGGCCUUUUCCCCUGAAGCUCUCUCCUGCCAGCAUUUUCUGUUCUGAGCCAGAUUUCCACUCUGUCUGAGACUUUGCACAGCUGAAAGAAGAAGACUGGGAAAAGAACCUGCUCCUUAGCUUGCCCCCUGCACUGCCAAUCACAGCCUGGUUGUUGUUGUUUUAAUCUGUUGUCUGAUGUUGAACUCUUAUUAAAAAAAAACAACACACCACCACAUUCCCUUCCAAUAAACGUCUCUGCUCUCUUCUGUCUGUGGCCUCAAAGGUGAGAUUUGGAGAGUUGUUUGGAAGGGGUUGUAUGAAAGGGGGAUGGCACAACAUGGCCGGUUUUAUGUCUGCCUUCCGUUCAUGCAGCUGUUAUCAGUGGCCUCCGCACGUGUCAUUUCUCCAGGAGGGGCUGGCAGAAACUUUGACAGGAUGCAUUAGACCCAACAGACCCUCCUCUUCCUCCUUCCUCCCCCUCCACCUUUGGGGAACUGGGCCUCCCAGGGCUGCUAUGCUCCUCUUGAUAAAGGUUUUGGGGGAGGGCAGCGCUGGUGCCUACACCUGCUCCCCUCAUUGCUGUCAAAGCCGGAGCAUUUCCAUAACAAAAAGGGAGGCGACUUCCCUCCCAGCCACCAUUGUUUCCCAUCUGAGCUCCUAUCGCAAAAGGCGCCUGGUGCUGGGAAGAGGGGGUUGGGGGGUAGGCCUGACAAAAGGCCCCUCUGGUGACUGGGGACAUGUUUACUGUAUGGGUUCAGCCUCCCCUGGGCAAAGACGCAGGGAAGCAUGUGCAGUUGGUUAUCGAUGGGGGAGGGGCACACCACCUCAUCCCACCCCCCAGUCUUUCCAGAGGGGAAAGGAGGUGUUUCUCCCACACCCAUGGGGUGACGGAGGCGGUUUCUGCUGGCGAAACAAGACAUUAAAUGGAAGCAUCUGUUCUCAAACCAGAUCUCAACUGGUGUGUGUGUAUGCGCACCCCUUAGUUCCCUUCCUUUGGAUCAAAUCCUCUGAUCGCUGAAGGAUGGAUGGGCGAGACUCUUGUGCCCCACCUCCCACAAGCACCGUUCAUUCCCCCCACCCGCCGAAACACACUUCAAGUAAACUUGACUCUUGUGCACAGGGCAAAACUUGAGUUAGCACCUCAUUCAUUUGCUUCUAUGCUUGGUUGCCAUAGCAUGACAAAUAGACCUCUUUUUUAUUUAUGCUAAUAAAAUGUCCCUUUAUUGGGGGUGUUUUCAUUGUUCCUGCAAGAGUGACUUAAAUAUGCAGUGUAUCUGUUAGUGGGGACAGACCAUCCGCUGCAACAUCUCUCAGGUGUCAGUGUUCAGUUUCCCCCCACAUAAGUGAACUGUGGCCACUAUAGAAGAAAGUAAAAGACAGAGUUUGGGCAAACCGCUGGGAAUUGAGAUUAAAACGGGCUUCAGUCUCUGGACGAAGGAUCAGGCUUUGCUCCUUUGCUGUAUGUUAACUGCUUCCUGUUUACUUUUUCUCACAGAACUCAAAUGGGAUCUACUGCAGGUGGACCCCCACCAACUGCAGAGCCCGUCUCAGUGUUGUUUCUUUUCAGUUGUGUGACAGACCACAGGUACCACCUAGUUACUACUGCUGACUCCCCCAAUACGUUUGAGUAACCCAGAGUAAGUGGAGCAUCUGCUUCAGUAAAUGUACAAGCCUGUAUAUUGUGUGUGUCUAUCCCAACAGUUAACAACCAUGAGAACAUGCAUGGCUGCAUCCUUUGAUUGCAUGAGCCAGCUGAGAUAUACAGUGGUACCUUGGGUUACAGAUGCUUCUGGUUACAGACUCCACUAACCCAGAAAUAGUACCUCGGGUUAAGAACUUUGCUUCAGGAUGCGAACAGAAAUUGCACGGCAGCAGCAGGAGGCCCCAUUAGCUAAAGUGGUGCUUCAGGUUAAGAACAGUUUCAGGUUAAGAACGGACCUCUAGAACGAAUUAAAUUCUUAACCCAAGGUACCACUGUACUUUCUCCUCCCUGGCUAACACAAAAUUUACAAGCAUUCUGGGACUUUCCCAUCAUGUUAUGCAAGCCAGCCUUCAAUCCAAAACAGACUUUUUGCGCUAUGUUCAUAUUAUAUGUGUAAAAGGUAAGGUAAAGGACCCCUGGACGGUUAAGCCUAGUCAGAGGCGACUGUGAGGUGUGGCGUAUGAAUAUUAACACUGGGCUGUGUCCCAAUACAUCAAAACACUUCUGUUUUGGGGUGUUCGUGUGUGGUUAAAGUGCUUCUCAGCCCUUUUUCUCGUCUGGAAAAGUUCCUUUGCUUCUGAAGCAACUGUGGGCAUUUGCUCUGAUGUAGAUAUGUAAAUUAAACACUCUGCCAAGAUAUUUGUUGGCAAGAGGAGAGAGAUGUUUGCUUGCAAAGGGCACGGGACUUUUUUCCUAUUCUGAACGACACACAACAGUUUCUAUGGAUAAUGUGUGCUUUGUUGGUGCCUUCUGGAAGGGAGGACAACUUUUAUCAUGCCCUGUCCUGCCUUGCUAGAAUUCUCUAUCACAUAAACAGACAAAAGGACUCUCAUAAGAUUCUGAACUUUUUAUUUUCUGGCAUGAAAAGUACAAAUAAUUAAACAAUUCCAUGUAAAAGAUUCAUACAGCCGCCGUGCCUGAAAUCCCAG